AGUGCUCCAGUAAUGCUCAGGUGCCGUAUGACGGAGAUCGGAUUAUACAAGCUAUGCUGCCUACACUUGCUCAUGGGUGAUCACAGUGCCUGAAAACUAUACCGUUAAACUCACUAUAUCAAAGAAUAACGUCGCUUCUGUUGGUAACACAAACUGUGUUAAUGACUAUGUACAGGUAAUUAUAGCCACAUUCUUAUUGCUAUGCUGUAUAAGCGGAUGACUGUGUGAAAAAAUAUGGUUACUCUUCUAGAAGCAGCUGUUGUGAGAAGAAAAAAAAGGGGAACUUCUUCGUGUAUAGGCUGGGUUUUUCUUGGGAAAUACCAAAUGAUAAUGUACUGUGCGAUAACAAAAUUGACCUUUGCGUUUUUUAAGCAUUUCGCAACAAUCUAGUUUCGCUGACUAUUAUUUUCAUUAUUCCAAAGAUUCGAGAUGGUGGGAGUAACACGAGCACCUUGUUGAAGAAAAUGUGCAGCUCAAACCCAGGUCCUUCUGUGUUCCGUUCAAUUGGAAGGCAAAUGUGGGUGGAAUACAGUUCAACUCAAACAGGCAACUCCUUCCAAGCUUCCUUCAAGAAGCUUCUUGAUCCAUCUUGUAAGUAGUUUUUCUUAUUUUAACAUGUUUGUUAACGUACUUCUUAAAAAGAAUUUCCGAUCCUGCUUUUUGUAUCUUUUUUGACUAUGCUCCAUGACAAUGCUGAUAGACAUCGUUAAGAUUUUCUUAAUCUUCCAUUGACAGCCUCAACUCUUUAAAUCCCAUGAGUUACCAAGACAGAAUUUCUCCUUAAAAUAUCAGGACAACAUGAAGCAGACAAGAGAUGAGAAAAAAGAAAAAUAUUAGUUAGGGGAUUAUUAGUUGAUCCAAUACCAAAUUCUCCAAAGUAACACAACAAGAAAUGUAUGGUAGACAGUAAGGAGAAUUACCAACGAGAUCCUUGGAGUGAGAGUGUUAAUGUUUAUCUUUCAUACGUGGUGACCUGAAACUUGGCUUGCCGCUACGAGUCCUCACCAGGCAUUUUAAAUCGGGUCUUAAAGCUGCAGGGAUUUUUUUUCUAAUAGAGAAUUUAUUGUCUUGACGUUUCUACCGAGGGUUUAUAUUUUGAAGUAAAUAUGAGUGAAUAUAUAUAAAUAUAUAAUAAGCUAUAAAUAUAAAUAGCUAUAAUAAGUGAAUAUAUACGAAUUCCAUGAAAAGUUCAUUUGUUGACAUAAACCCUUACAGUUUGCCCCGGAAAUAUCAAUUCCAAUGGAACCUCAGGAUCCAUUACCAGCCCAUUUUACCCAUUGAACUACCCGAGUGACAUGGAGUGCACGUGGAAUUUAACAGGACCAGCCGGAUCGCGGCUCACUCUCGUAUUUUACCGGAUAUGCCUCGGUAUCUGCCCGCCCAGCGCUUCGUCGUCCACGCCAUGCGCGGACGGUCUAUGUAGUAGUUUAGAUAUUGGUGAAGUCACAGUAGGCGAUCAGCAUCUUUGUCCAUUUUCUUCGGUAACACCGUUUAUUUCGGUGGACAAUCAAAUCUCUUUGUCCAUGUUGACCAAUGAGCAAACCUCAAGAGGAUUCGUGGCGGAUUAUCAUAAUGUAUUUCGUGAUGAAGGUUGGUGGAAUUUGAAAUCUAUUUAUUCUUUUUAUUCGAUUGGAAGUGGGGUAGGAUACCUUUAAACCCAUCUAUGCAAAAGUAGUUGUAUGUCUAGCUUAAAAAAGAAAGAAGAAGAAAAAACGGGACACUAUGAAAACAGUCUCUUUUUCUUUGGACAACGGUCGCUCGGAGUAUCACAUCAGUUAAGCCAUACGAACGAAUAGACAACACUCCUUAAGUGAUGAUCUGGAUCUAGCCUACUUAUAGACCUAUUUUGUUUCUUUUCUCAGAGUAACUGAUUUCUUAGUUUUUCAUUCCCGUUUCCAUCUAUGUUCUUAUUUCCGCAAAUAGAUAUUGCAUUAACCCUAUACUUUUCUCAAAAGCGUGCCUUCAGAUGACACAACUGACGAACACGAGUGGAUGGUUUUCCAGUCCGAACUUCCCUGCCAACUAUCCUGAUAAUAUUCAGUGCGGCUGGAAUAUUUCAAUCCCUGCAGGGUACAAGAUUUAUCUAAAUUUCCUGGACUUUGAUCUCGAAGAUUGUGUAAGCUCGUGCUCUUGUGACUAUGUUGAGGUGAGUAAUCUCUAUACUGUAGUAACUGUGGAUAAAUAAGAGGGACUGAUGAUGUAUCGUAAGUGUCAGGUAGGAUAAGGGUACCCCUUGAAGGUUUUUUCGGUCAGUGAGGUUUUCGAACAACCCACUGAAGUAUUCCCUCGUUCCUAAUCUAAAGACAAUCAUCAUUUUUUUGUAUAAAAUUAUAAACUACUGUUUUUUUUUUCAAGGUUGCUAUCGGCAAAGACUACGCGCAAAAGAAAUGUGGAACAUUACAGCCAGGUGAAUGGAAGGUGAAAAGUCAUUUUGGACGUGAUAUCGUGGUGACGUUUAAAUCUGAUAGUCAUUCAAAUAAGAAGGGAUUUCAAGCAGUUUACACAUUUGUACCUUUAGAAGCAUGUGAGUAAUCUGUUUACUUAUUGUUCUAUUUUCUCAAGAGUUAAGAUGAGUUCAUAUAUUGCACUUGUGGGUACAGGUACAAAGACUCAAUGAACAAAAUUGCCAAGUAAAUGUAGGGUUGUCUGUCUGAUCUGCAAAAUUCUUUAAUGGCACAACCAAUGAGAAGCUGCCCCUGAAAAGCAGCACCCAACAUGUUCAUUGUCUUUAGUGUUGAUUCACGGUUUUCCAUUGUACCCUUUAUAACAACAAGGAUAUUAAAGGUACUAGAAAUUGAAAGACUCAGCUUUCGAAACAAGAAAAUUUUCCUUUGCCUGCAAAUUUCUUGAUCUAUCCAGUUGGGUCCCCUUUUUACAAGAAUAUUUAGUAGUUUCUCCAUGAACAAGCAUUGGAAAUGAAUCUUUCACAACUAAUGUACCUCAUAUCCAAUGAGUGCAAGAGUAAUGAUCACUGUAUUAAAAGGAUCAAUUUUUUAAAACCUGUCACAAUUAUUCCGCAGAAAUGCUUUGUUUAUUUCGCAUUUGUGGUGUAUGGUGUGAUCAUGAGAUCGGAACCUAUGGCAAUGAAAUUGCAAUGUUUUCAACGCAUCAUGCCUUAAUAAUAUGCAGGAACAACGCUAAGAUAUCCAAAAUUCACGACCAACACUUGGUUUUACAGCUCCUUUAAAUACGCCGCAACUUUUGCGUUUGCACUUUCAGUGCACAGUUCUCUACUUUCUCUGGAAACUUCGAUGGUUUAGUUACAUAGGAAAGAAUGAUCUGAAAUAUAUUCCCAUAACAGCAGUGUCCUAAAGGGAGUGGUUGUAACAUGUAACAAAGCUUCAACGCAGACGGAGUGAUGCGUUCACCAUCAACUCCUUUGGCAGGCCCAAGAUCCUGUAGGAAACGCGAUUGGUUAACGUUAUUGCUCGAUUGCAUCUUAAAUAUUCAGGCAUAUCUGUGCACCAGCCCCAAUACCAUAUUAUACUAUUUACUUCUUUUGAUGGUUUGUUUGUUUGUUGUUGUUGUUUUUUUUAUUAAUAGGGGAGUCUGUUCCUAGUGUUUACUGUCCAUGGUCAGAGUCAUCUACAACAACAACGCCGACAACUGCCAAAGACAGUGAGGAACAAAGUUCACAGACCACAAAAACAGGUUUGAUGCCCUACAUUGAUGUUCUGCUUGGUGAAUAGUUAAAUUCGAGCUGAAGAAGUUUUUAUGAAAAGAGAAAACACAGGGAUGAACAUGAAGGAGUUUCUUUACACAAUACUAUCACAUUCUUAAACAGAAGGUUAUAACAAAUAAAUCAGGGGAUAUUGUUCGAUUUUAACACCACGUUUUAAAGGCUGAAACCGGUAAAUAAAUGUAAGUUAGACAGAGCAUAGAAUUUUUUAGUUUAAAACUGUAAAACUGUAACGAUGUACAUCGUAACUAGAAUUUUGUAUAAAUUUUUCGCAUAGGUCAAAUCAGUUUUGCCUUCUUUUUGUCUUUUCAGAUAUAUCUAGCACGGCAGAGGAACUUUCAUCAAAUGGAGGCACCGAUCCACCGACGCUUCACACUCCACGUAACUCGAUAGGAAAGACGCAAGUGAACAGUUUCUUAUGGUUUCUUACAAAUUUAGCCCUCGUUGUAUUCUCUAGUUGCCUGGAGUGA